GCUGGUUUCCUGUGACGGUGGUUGACUCAAGCCGCCAUUUCAUUUUCCGAGCUUCAACGCAGACUACAGUUCGCAGUGACGAAAAGUCUCCACAAUGGUGAAAAUAUUCAUUGGAAACGUGGCCCCCGAUACAACAUCGGAUGAACUUCGCGCUCUCUUCUCCCAGUAUGGCAAGAUCUCAGAAUGCUCGAUUGUCAAAAACUUCGGCUUUGUCCACAUGGAUAACAAGGCUGAGGCAGAAGAGGCCAUCCGUAACCUUCACCAGUACGAUUUAAAUGGUCAGCCCCUGAAUGUAGAAUUGAGCCGUGGAAGGUCAAAAGGAUCCACCAAACUCCAUGUUGGCAACAUCGCAUGCACCAACCAGGAGCUGAGGGCCAAGUUUGAAGAGUUUGGCACCGUGCUGGAGUGCGACAUUGUAAAAAAUUAUGCUUUUGUUCACAUGGAGCGAAUGGAGGAUGCCAUGGAGGCUAUUAAUAAGAUGGAUAACACGGCUUUUAAAGGAAAACUGAUGAGCGUGAAGCUUUCUACUAGCCGCCUUCGUACUGCGCCGGGAAUGGGAGACCGAGCGGGGUGUUAUCGUUGCGGGCAGGAAGGCCACUGGUCCAAAGAAUGCCCCUUAGACCAAAACAGCUACCAGAAAAAUGGCUCGGAGCCAAACUCUGAUGGAUACGAUCCCUCGGGAUUUGGCGGGCGCGGUCGCACCCGGGCUUAUCCAGACUUCAGCGGCGCUCCGGAAUAUGACGCCAGCUACGGUCAUGGUUUUGGUCAAACCAGCAGCAUGGCAGGUUACAGAGGAGGUACAGGCUAUGAGAGCGCAAUGAGAUACGGGCCACAGCCGGGUUACGGCAUGAGUUCUGUCGCUGAUCCUAGCAUGGCUCGGAUGUACAGCAGCGAUCCGACAUACAGGGGCAGCGCCUCACUCUACGGUGCGGUACCAGCCUUCUCGGUGCGACGGUCGCCUUACGAGGAACGGGAUCCGUACGGUGUCGUGGACUACUACGAGAAAUACAGGGCAAAUUAUGGAAGCAAUUAUUUUGAGGAACGCCGUGCUGCUCCGGUGCCUGUCCCAACAACGCCCGCCACUACUGCUGUACGGGAACGUGUGCCGCCCUCGAGCGUCGACCCAUACCAGUGUCCUCCCCUCCCUCCUCCAGUGGCCCCAGUCCCGUCAUACUACGCACGUGAACGGAGUCCGAUACGGAGAGUCGCCGGCGAGGCGGGUGGAUUUACAUACGAGCGUGCGCGGCUUUCCCCAGCGACCGCAACCCCAAGAAGUGCUACCUUUGAGCAUUUACGGGAUCCUGCCGCUGAGCGGGCACGGUAUACUUACUAAAUGUUCUAGCUCAGUCAGUUAACUAACCUGAAGCAGGUAGAAUAGCCUAAGUGCCACUGGAAUUGAUAAAAAUCCAACAAAGUUGUGUAUCUGUGUUUUCAGAACCUAGAAGUCUGUCCUCUUUCUGAAAAUGUGUGGGUGGGCAGUACUGACAUGAUUUAGGAAGGUUUUUUUUUUUAUUAUUAACCAGCGG